AUGGCUUCUCAACAGAACCAACCGCCCCAGCGGCCGGAGGAGCAAGAGGAGGUCGACAUGCUGGACCCCGACGAGGCCGAAGAAAUCGUCGCGGACGAUGAAGAUGCACACAUGGAAUCCGACGAUGACGGCGACGACGGCGCGGCUCUACAAGAGAUCCAGCUCGAGAACGACAGCAUCGCGCACUUCGACACGCACAAGGACAGCAUAUUCAGCAUUGCCCAGCACCCCAAGCACCGCAACAUCAUCGCAACCGGCGGCGGCGACGACGUGGGAUACAUAUUCGAGGUGCUCGUCAAGGAGAAGGAGCGCCCGCCGCUGCCCGCCAGCUGGUCGGGCGAGCCGGGCAGCGGCGCCGCGACGCAGGCGCGGCAGGAGCGCGAAGGCCUGCAGCAGUUGUUCAAGCUGGACGGCCACACAGACUCGAUCGCCGCCAUCGCCUUCACACAGCCUGCCGGCGAAUACAUCGUGUCGGGCGGUAUGGAUGGCAAGCUUCGCGCAUGGCAGGACACCUCGAUCGGCGCAUGCAUGGCAUGGAAAUUCACCGGCGAGGCGCAGGAAGUCGAGGAGAUCGCAUGGAUAUCGCCCUGCCCGCAUCCCGACUACCCCAACACCAUCGCGCUCGGCGCAUCCGACGGCUCCGUCUGGGUCUACACCAUCAACGCGGCCGACACGGCGUCGCCGCUCACCAUCGUCCAGGCCUUCUACCUGCACACCGGCCCCAGCACCGCCGGCGCCUGGACUCCUGACGGCAAGCUCCUAGCCACCGUCUCCGAGGACGCGUCCUUCUACGUCUGGGACGUCUUCGGCGAGGCCGCCGCGGCCGGCAUCACCAACCCCUCCGCCGGCCAGGCCGUUGUCGGCCUCACCGGCGAAGACGAGCGCUUCCGCGUUGACGGCGGCCUCUACAGCGUCGCCAUCGCGCCCAACGGCGCCUUCGCUGCCGUCGGCGGCGCCGAGGGCCACAUCCGCAUCGUCGGCUUGCCGCGCAUCGGCGCAGAUCCGUCCGUCACCAGCGGCGCGCGCGGUGCUGGCGCACGCGGCAAGGCGGCUGGUAGCAAGCAGGCAGGCGGUCCCAAGGGCGGAGCUGGCGCAGCGACCGGCCAGGCCGGCGCCAUCCUAGCCAGCCUGCAGACGCAGCAAGACAGCGUCGAGACGAUCGCCUUCUCCCAACCACCGCUCUCGCUCAUGGCCGCCGGCAGCGUCGACGGCUCCAUCGUACUCAUCGACACGGCGCACCGCUUCGCCGUCCGCCGGCACAUCCAGCAGGCGCACUUCGACGAGGACGCGGAAACCGAGCAGGCCGUCAUCAAGGUCGAGUUCGUCAAGCCGCAACAACAAGGAACGGGAGCUCAGGCAGCGCCUGGCAGCUGGCUGCUGACCAGCUGCGGCAACGACGGCGUCGUCAGGCGGUGGGACGCCCGUGGCGGCACCGCCGCGGCUAAUCGCGGCCUGGUCGGCGAGUGGAGGGGCCACCGCGGCGGCGGUGAGGGUGGUGGUGUCAUGGGCUUCGUGCAGGGUGCUGGCGAGAGGGUCGUGACUGCGGGUGAUGAUGGCGUUGCGCUGGUUUUUGAUACGCCGAUUGCCUGA